UGACUUACUCCACAUUAACAUAUCCUUAUCAUAACAUGUAUUCUUACUAGUAGCAGCUCAAAACCAGAUUAUUUCCUACUUUUUAUUAAGCGAUCAUCAAGAAAGAAAAUGAGAGUGACUGCAACUUAUAAUGUCAGCUUCCUUUUCUUUUCUUUUGCAGGCAUACCAACCUGAGGAAAAGUACACGUUAGAUGGAAAACGCAUGGCUCUGAUAAUCUGUGACACAUCGAGAGCUGGAUGCCGGCACGACAUCAAUCGUGUGGUUAAAUUCUGCGCCCAGAAUGAAUUUCACUGUUAUCAGAAUACCCAGUUCACCAAAGCGGGGCUAAUGGAGGAUCUGGAAGACUUUAAGAACAUGCUGGAUGGAGACGUCUGCUGCCUCGCAGUUUUUAUCAUGGCCCACGGAAGCCUCGGGCACAUCCACGUGUCCGAUGGCCAUGUUGAGCUGCAGAGGAUCUUUGAGACGUUUGACAAUCGAAGAUGCCCAACGCUGCGUGGAAACCCCAAACUGUUUGUUAUACAAGCAUGUCGAGGAGUCCAGCAGUGUUCAAAUCAGCCCUGCUUCGAUGCAAGUGAGCCGCCAGGUGUUGAUCUGGAGCAACUAUGGCCAUCGGAGUCGGAUUCCUUCUUUGUCUAUGCAGUGUGUCCAGGGAACCUGGCCAUCCGUUACCCUGACACUGGCAGUCCGCUGUUUGAGGAGAUGAACAAUGUUUUCUCUCAGUCAGACUCUAAAAGCAUAUACGACCUCUUCACCAUGGUGAAUAACAGGCUGCAGAAGAGAAUAGAGAGACAUGGAUACAAAACAGACCGAGCAGAACGUUCUUGGCAGAUCGAGCAGAACCUGGUGAUGCCUGGAUUAGGACGGAGGAGAAAAACAUCAGCACCAGUGGGAGGGCCACUGCAUAUUGUUGAUCGUCUGAAUAAAAAAUUGUACCUGUAAGGAAAUGGUCACAAUGUUACUUGUGAAAAUGUAUAAAGACUCUCUAUGUAUGAUUCAAAAAAGGUGACGUGCAAGUAUUAGUUCAAGUUGGGUUUUUUCAGCUAUGGGCUGGUGGAAUGUUUGCCUCUUGGUUACACAUUUGUGCUAUUUUUAAAGUAGUAAAAUGAUUAUAAAGUAUUGAUUUAGAAGUGAUUUUUACUGAUCAAUUUUAAAGAAUGUCUAUAAAUCAGAAAUGUUUGCCCUCUAUUGAUGUUUCUAUUAUUUUCUAUUGUAUUAAUUUACUAAUCAUUUGCCUUGCUUUUGUUUGACUUUCUGCGUUAUAUUGUAUUAUUGUGCUUUGUAAAGUUUGUUUUUAUUUUUAUAUUGAACUUUUAAUGACAUAUAAAG